GGAAAUGGAACACUUGUGAAGUUGUUGUGUUUGUUUGUUUGGGUGGAUUGAAGUUAAAGCUGUGACAUCUGUGGGGUGAAACGUCUCGUCGUUUGUAAAUCAUGGAAUCGUCCAUGAAAGGAAGGGCCAAACGCAGGCACUUGGGGCCCUCAGAAUGUGAUGAUCUGGUGCAAAGCAAGACAGGGAAGGAGUCUCUCACACAGCCUUUUAAUGUUAACCUCAGCAACACGGAUCCAAACCGAGGACUUCAGCCCAGGACCCCCACCAAAAGAAGCAGACAAGCUUCAGGUGGUGUGGGACAACAGAAAGGCAUCACCAGUUUCAUCUCCAUCACUGGAGUCAUCAGCACCAGCCCCCAAAAAGGAACCAAGACUCCGGUGAAAGACGAGGAGGAAGAACAGGAACCGAUCGGACAUCUUAUCCCAAAAGAAGAAAAUGUAGAAGAGGAGAAGAUUGAGGACUAUAUGGAAGGAAUCACUGAGGACAUGUUCGAUGAAGACUUUGAUGUAGGAACUACAUCUGUCAAAAAAGAAGAAGAAUUGUUGGAAGUUACUGUGAGAAAAGAAGAGGAUGAGGAGGACCUGGUCGAAGCCCUCCCUGAUGCCCACUACGGGCUGCUAGGAGUGCAGGGAGGCCAGGAGGAGCCCAAGGGCCAUGUCCAGGAUCUGCCCGAGGAGGUCCUGAGGGAAGUGUUCGCACACCUCCCAGCGGAUGACCUCUAUCGAAACAUCAGCCUGGUGUGCCAUCACUGGAGGGUCGUCGUCAUGGACCCCCAGUUUCUGCCUUGGAAGAAGUUGUACUGCAGAUACCGUAAGCGGCAAAAUGAGGCGCUGAAGGAGGUGAAGUCUAUCCUUGAUGAUAAUCAAAUUAACAAAAAGGAUGACCUGUGUCUUCUCAAUAUGUUGAGGUACAUGUCUCAGUUCAAACACAGCAAACGGGUGAAUGUGAAGAACGUGUUGGCGUGUGUGAAAGGACAUCAGCUUUAUGCUCAGGCUGAAGCCUGUAUCAAAGACAGAAUCCCAGACAUGGUGGAUAAUGAGGGUCCAAACCCUUGGCCUGCCAUGGCCCUGAUGUUGAUUUUGGCUGACGGAGUGAAAGAUGUCUUGGACCUGGUAGCUCUCUUGCGGAAGUCUGGGUGUCUGCUGACAGCAGGAGGAAUCUCUGAGUACCUGUGGGCUGUGGCGACUUUGCUCCUGGCAAUGAGAGAGAACGAUAUUAACGUAAGCAACAGGUGGCAUUACAAUAUCUUUUAUGUGCUGCACUUAAUGGAGAACGCUCCUCCUCCUGCGGGCUUGCAAGACAACAGACAGCUGAUCACUCAUGAGCAGCAGCAGAUACUCAACCAUGACAUCAACAAUAACCACGUUGUUAAAAUAAUGGCUUUUGCUGGCACUGGAAAGACAACCACACUCGUGAAGUAUGCUCAGCAAAGGGCACAUAUGCGCUUCCUCUACCUGGCCUUCAACAAAUCUGUGGCGAUGCAAGCUCAGCGUUCAUUUCCGUACAACGUCAAAUGCAGUACCAUCCAUUCAAUGGCGUUCAGAGCUGUGGGAGUGAGGUAUAAAAACUUGAGGAAACUGUCCAAUAAUUUGCAGGUGUUUGAUGUGGCGUGGGUCUUGCCUAAAGGACUCGGAGGAUUCGUCAAUGCUAAAGUGGUGACGCAAACGCUCCACAAUUUCUGGGCGUCCGUAGACCAGUGUGUUGGUCCGGAACAUGUUCCACAUAAGUACAAGAACACACACGGAUUGCCAGAAUACCCAGACGAUCACCAAAAAAUGGCAUUUUCUGGUGCCGCACAUUUUUCAGGUGUUGAAAACUUUGGACUGGACAAAAUUAUGGAUCUCUGGGUCCUGAUGCAACCAGAGGACAAACGCAAGAAUGAGAGCCUUCUGAUCAAGGAUUACUUCAUCCGAAGUUUCUGCAAAGAUAAGAUGGGUGGAUUCAGAGGUCUGAAGGGAUACGCCAUGGCCUCGGAAGACCGUGAGCUGGAGGCCAAGCUAGCCGUGGUGGAAAAAUACAACAAACGCAUUCCAGAGCUGGUUAAACGCAUCUAUGAUCGUGCCCAGAAAAGCCCAGUGUGCGCAGAUUUUAUCCUUGGUACGGUGCAUAAGGCAAAAGGCCUGGAGUUUGACACAGUGGUUGUGACAGAUGACUUCAUGAAAGUACCAUGUGCUCGACACAACCUGCAGAGAGUGGGUGGUUUCAAUGCAGCAAACGUCUCAGAUGACGAGUGGAACCUGUUAUAUGUGGCGAUCACUCGAGCCAAAAGAGCGCUGUACAUCACCAAGACCAUCAGCAACAUCCUCACGUUCACUGGGGAGUACUUCCUAAGAUCAGGGCUGACCAGCACUCUGCUGAGUGAAGACCCAUCUCUUGUCUGCUCCAUUGAAGGCUGUGAGAACCACAUCACUGCAGACGCCGUCCUCAGCAUGAGCAAACUCCCCAUCAGAUAUAUGGAGAGUGUGGAUGCGGGCGGCGUUCUGUGUUUGACCUGUGUGGAGCAGCGUGUGGGACCUGCAGCCUUCCUGCUCUCUCCACCUGAACGGGUCAGAUCCAUGACCUAUACCAAUGAAAGAAUAGAGCUGCCCAUCAAUGUUGCCAUGCUGCUAUCUUUACUUUAAACACCACAUUCAAGUGUCCUUUUGCCUUUGUGUCUUUUUGGAGUGAUUUUGCCGUGUUCACAAUUGUGGAUUACUCAAAUCUGCACUGGAUUUUUUUUUGUUUUGUUUUGUUUUAUUUUAGUUAAACUUAUUUUUAAGUAUGCUCCAUAACUAUUUUAAUACUUCUAAACUUUUUUUUCCCUCUGUUGCUUCAUUUGACUGGUUCUCCCACAUUGUGACUUACCCUAUUUGGAAGACACUAAACAUUGACGUCAGUGUUUAUAGGUGGGGAAUAAGCAGUGUGUCUUUUUCCUGGUUUUUCUGGCAGCUUUAGAAGAGCCUUUUCAAGCCCUCGAUAACUACAGUAUUACAGCUGUUGUGAACGACACAAUGGUUGAGGAACACUGAUGUAUAAGAUUGUGUUUAUGUCCACAGUUGUAACAUGAGUGACGUGUGGGAAGAAUGCUAACCAUUCCUUCAUAUAGUUUUACAUAAAGACAAAGUGUGUAAUUAGACUAACUUAAGUUUUGCACUAUAUAUAUAUAUAUAUA